AUGCAACAGCAAGAGGACGAGCCCAAACGCAGCGUCCGGCGUGGUCCGCGCACCGUGGCCAGUGUGGUGGAGCGCAGUGCGAUGGGAGGCAUGCACGCCAAGGGGCCCCUGAGCAUCCUCUUCAGGGCGGUGCGCGACCGGCUGCGCGUCAAGGUUUGGACGCGGAGCCACACACGGGUGCGCAGCAUCCUGACGGGUUUCGUGCACGCCUACGACCGGCACAUCAACCUGGCCCUGGCCGACGUGGACGAGGUACUGCUGCUGCCGCCGGCACCGUCUUUACCGACGGCGACGGCGGAAGCGCAGGAAAAGAAGGCGACGACAGAGACGACUACCAGCGCGCCUGCAACAUCGCUGCCGUCCCAGGUACGACUGGACCCGCGCACUUAUUCGGUCUGCUACCUUGCGUCUUAG